AUGGCGUCCCAAGGCGAUAAUUGGAACGCCUUUGCCGCCCCUCCAACGCCGGAGCUGGAAAGAACGAGUGCAAGUCGAGGUCAGGACACCACAUCCAUGUCUCGCUGUGUGAUCCCAGGGUUUUUGGUGUGGGUCCUGCCAAUGUUGUUCCUGCUGGUUCUGGUUCUGACUCCAUCCGGCUUAAGCUCCGAGGGACCUAUUCCGGGCUGUCACCUCUACCCAUUUAAUGUGACCAUCCGCAGUGACAGAAAGGGGACAUGUCAUGGAACCCAUGUGGUUUACGCCUGUGUGGGUUACUGCGAGUCUAGCGCCUUCCCCUCUCGUUACUCAGUCCUGGUGGCCUCCAAUUUCACUCACAACAUCACUUCUGUUUCUCGCUGCUGCACCAUCAGCAAGGAUGCAAAGGUCAAAGUUCGUCUGACCUGCCCUCGACGGCAUCACCAUGAAGAAAUUGAGAUUUUAACAGCACGCGCCUGUCGGUGUGACAUGUGUCGCAAGUCUCGAUAUUGA